CUAGGGUUUAACGCACAGAAGCCUCUCUCAUUUUUCCUCAUUGAGAAAAAUGGCGUCUCUAGCGGUACGCCGUGCUCGGUACCCAACACCAGCAUUCUCUUCUAUCUUCCUCAAGGUACGCCUCUCUCACUCCUCUAAUCUGUUCUCCAGAACCCUCCUUGCCAGAGCCCUGAGCACAUCUGCGAUCCCAAAUGAGUACCAGACACCACCUCCAUCUCCUCUGCAGCACCAGAAUCAAUCACCUAGUGGUUUUCAAGAACAAAGCAACCCUUAUCCUAACCCUAACCAAUGGGUCAGGCAGAAUCAGGGAUUCAACAAUGCCAAUGCCAACGCCAGCCAGUCUACUCCUGACAAUCAGAACACGGUAUAUCCAAAUCCAUCGCAAGACUCUAAUCAGUGGAAUCUCCCACAGAAUGAGAAUCAUAAUCAGGGCUAUCGGCAGUACCAAAACUCGAAUGCACAGUUUCCUAGAAGCCCUACUCAAUGGAAUUCCACACAGAAUCAGAGCUAUCCUCAGUCUCAAAACCCUAAUCAGAUAAAUACGCAGUUACCCAGAAACCCUAAUCAGUGGAAUCUCCAUCAGAAUCAGGGUUAUCCCCAGUCCCAAAACCCUAAUCAGAUGAAUACGCAGUUACCCAGAAGCCCUAAUCAAUGGAAUCCUCCUCAGAAUCAGGGUUAUCCUCAGUUCCAAAACCCUAGUCAGAUGAAUUCACAGUUGUCCAGUAGCCGAAAUCAGUGGAAUAACCAAAAUCAGGGGUAUCCACAAGCUAGGCACCCUAACCAGUGGACUCCACAGGGUCAAGACCCUACUCACUUGGACAGAGGUAGCCCAAAUCAAGGACAUGCAGUGGAGAAUCAGGCCCCAGUAGCUCAUGUGCCUGAGCCAGUUUCUUCACUUGUUGUUUUGAAGCAAGCGUGUCAAGAAGGUAAGGUUAAAGAGGCUAUAGAAUUGAUGGAUAAGGGUGUCAAAGCUGAUCCUGAUUGUUUCAAUGCUUUGUUCGAAUUGUGUGGGGCUUCUAAGUUACUUGAGGAUGCCAAAAAGGCGCAUGAUUACUUUUUACAGUCAUCUUGUAGAGGUGAUCUUUCCUUGAAUAAUAAGGUCAUUGAUAUGUAUUCAAAGUGUGCAAGCUUGACUGACGCACGUAGGGUGUUUGAUCAUAUGCCAGAAAGGAAUAUGGAAUCCUGGCAUUUGAUUAUUAAUGGGUAUGCAGAUAAUGGAUUGGGAGAUGAUGGUUUGCAGUUGUUUGAGCAGAUGAGGAAAUUGGGUUUAAAGCCCAAUGAGCAGACGUUUCUUGCUGUUCUCAAUGCUUGUGCUAGUGCUGAAGCUGUGGAAGAAGGAUUCAUACAUUUUGAGUCAAUGGAGAAUGAGUAUAAGAUAUCUCCUGGGUUUGAACAUUACAUGGGUGUUCUUGGAGUCCUUGGAAAAUCUGGGCGUCUUGUUGAAGCUAAAGAGUACAUUGACAAACUGCCUUUUGAGCCUACAGCUGAUGUUUGGGAGGCAUUGAGGACCUAUGCUCGUAUUCAUGGAGAUAUUGACCUUGAAGACCAUGCAGAGGAGUUGAUGGUUGAUCUUGACCCAUCAAAGGCCAUCUUAAAUAAGAUCCCUGCCCCACCACCAAAGAAGCGCUCUGCUAUCAGCAUGCUUGAUGGAAAGAACAGAAUCAUUGAAUUUCGAAAUCCAACUCUUUACAAGGAUGAUGAAAAAUUGAAGGCCUUGAGUCAGAUGAAAGAAGCAGGUUAUGUGCCAGACACACGCUAUGUGCUUCAUGACAUUGAUCAAGAGGCAAAAGAGCAAGCUUUGUUAUAUCACAGUGAGAGGUUGGCAAUUGCAUAUGGUCUGAUUAGUACCCCAGCAAGGACACCCCUUAGGAUUAUCAAGAAUCUCCGAGUCUGUGGUGACUGUCACAAUGCAAUUAAGAUCAUGUCCAAGAUUGUUGGAAGGGAAUUGAUUGUUCGGGACAACAAACGAUUCCAUCAUUUCAAGGAUGGAAAAUGCUCCUGUGGCGAUUACUGGUAAAACUUCAUUAUUGUAUUGUCUUGGAUUUGGUUAUGAAAAGCUUGAAGCAAUGUUAGGUACAGUACUAUUUGUUGAGAACAGAAGAAAGGUUAGUUGCUUGUAGUUUGGAAUGAAAUAUCCCCUAAUAUGAUUCUUGUUUUCUUAUGCAAAAUUAAUUAUUUGUUAUGCG